UUUUUUUUCUCUCUCUCUCUCUCAAAUGAGCCGAGUGUGGUCUUUACUUCUUAACUUUAAAAGUGAUAGAAGGACAGUUAAUUGUCAUUUCAGAAUAUCAAAAAAAAAAAAAAAACAUCGGCAGUUAGACGCUCCAUCUGAUUGAGUCUGGUGAACAGGCCUCCUUCCCCAUUUCUCUGAAUCCUCGUAUGGCCAUGGAUGAGUACAAUCCAGUGUCCCUCAGACAAAAGUCAAAGAAGAAGAAUUGUGGAGGAAGCCCCAGAAUGAGCAGAAGGAGAGUUUCAGUGAAAGAUCUGGAUCCAGUGGAUCAUCAGGGAUGGCUCUAUAGAAAGAAAGAGGGGAAGGGCUUUCUGGGUAUUAAGUGGAAGAAGUAUUGGUUUGUGCUAAAGAAAACCUCUCUGUUCUGGUACACAAAUCAAAUGGCAGAAAAAGCAGAGGGCUUCAUCAACUUGACUGAUUUUGUAAUUGACAGGGCAUUUGAAUGUAAGAAAAAAUAUGCGAUCAGAGUUUGCCACCCCAAAGUCAUGAUGUUUUACUUUGCAGCUGACAGCAAUGAGGACAUGAACCUAUGGUUGAAUAAACUUGGUCUGGCAUCUAUUCAUUAUGAACCCGAAGGUUAUACAGCUGAAUGCUACAGUGAGGCCAGUGAUCAUGAGGAAGCAGAGUCCACUGACACACCUCCUCCGCCAUACUAUGAGCACACCCAAGCUGUAGCAAGUGUGAAUGGUCCUUCAGGCACUGCACACCAGGGUAGUCUUCCUCCUCCAUAUUCCUCCCCUGUUCCCAGCGAAGCCACUGGUACCCUCUCCUCCCCCGUCAGUACGAUGACCUCCCACAGCUCAGUCUCCUCUCUGGCCAAGCAUAGACAGUCUUGGUUAGACCUCGUCUCCCAGUCCACCCCUACUGCUGGGGAAACAGUGGUCUGCUCUGCUGUCAUCCAUACAAUCAGCCCCAUAAUAAUGGAGGCCUCACAAUGCAGAGAAGCCACUGCACCAUCUCAAGACCCUCUUGCAUGUUCAUCGAGCACAGCACCUAUGGAGAUACCCACAAAGUCAGGGGCACCAGAAAUGCAGUUGACCUUAAAUGACUCCAGACACGAGAGUGAGCAAGUUGGGGAAGCAUUUUACAAAUUUCUAGAUGGACAGGAAGGACCUGAUGAUGAGAUGGAAAAAUUAUAUUUGCAUUUGAAAAGGGCCAGCCUAUCUCCAAUGGGUGAGCGGAAGCCAUCAUCAAAAGGGGAAUUACGAGCCUCCUUUGUAAAGCGUUGCAAAAACCAGGCACUCAAUGAAAAGAUACAUGUCAUCAGAACCCUCAACAGCACUCUUAAGGCUAAAGAGGCAGAUCUACUGACAUUGGAGCAGAUACUGGCUGACCCUUCUCUCACUGCAAGUAAAUUCAGGGCGUGGAAAGAAAACAACACUGUCCUGCUACAGGAGAUCGUUCUUAGCCACCCCCUGCAUGCUCAGCCCCUGGAGGGUGCUGGUACCUUAGCUGUGCCCCCUUCAACAGAAACUUGUGUAUAGACACUGAAAAUAGUCAUAUUUGUAACUAUGUCACAACAUAUACACUGCAUGAAUUGAGUGGUUUUUUUUUUUUUUUUUCUUUUUUUUUUUUUAGUUUGUGAUGUUAGAAAUAAAGUCUUAUUUGUUUUAAAACUAAGACUACCAUUACUUUUUUACUAAUGUCAAACCAGUCUGUUACUAGUAGGUUGGUCAGUAAGGUAAUUGUUGUUUCUAAAACACACGUUUAAAAUUUGUGAGGUCUCACUUCUGUCAAGGCACAUUCAUUUGAGCCUUUUAAGAUGUCAUGGAAAACCAAAUAUAAAGUCAAGCUUUCUUUAUAUGAUUUUUAUUGUUGAUAACUCUUUACUCUACAUACAGCACAAAUAGGAAUUAACCUGGCAGUAACUUCAAGUGCUGAUUAUAUCCAGCCUGUGUGUUUCCAUUUUUAUUUUUUAUUGGAUUGUAAAUAGAUCUGUUUAGAUAUAUUUAUUAAUUAAAAGUUUGAUGCCACUAUUUUGUUAAGCAGCUUGCUAUUUUUGAAUGACAAAGGUUUGAGAAGAAU